AUGUCAUCCAAGCCAACAAGCCACCCUGGAGUUCAUGAAACCACUCCCAACCCUUACCCAGCAAGCAGCUUUGUGGCUCCUAGGUUUCAACAGCCUCAGCCUCUGGGUUCAAUAGACCAAGGAAACCAAGCUCAGAGUGGCCAGCCUCCCCUCAUCACAUCUCCAGGAGCCUUUGCUGGCAGUCAGCUGGGUCAAGGAAAUACGCAAAUGACAAAUCCAUCUAUGGGAACAGUAGCAACAAAUUUUAUGGAAGAAGCAAAGACACUAGGGGCGAUCCAGAUCGUGAUUGGAUUGAUGCAGAUUGGUUUCGGAAUUAUUUUGGGUUUACUAAGCGCCACAGAUGGACAAUAUUGGGGGUUUGGCUCUACUACUUUUAUUGGCGGAUAUCCAUUCUGGGGUGGCCUCUGUUUCAUUGUUUCUGGCUCUCUGUCUGUAUCAGCAACCAAGGAGUUUUCCUCUUGUCUGAUAAAAAGCAGCCUGGGAAUGAAUAUUGUUAGUUGUAUCUUUGCUCUUGUUGGAAUAAUUCUGUUGCUGGUGGAUAUGUGCAUCAAUAGUGUAAUUUACCAAACCUAUUGGACAGUGGUUUCUGGAAAAGGCAUUUCAGCCAUGUUGAUGAUCUUCUCUCUCCUGGAGUUCUGUAUAGCUUGUGCCACCGCCCAUUUUGCCCAGCAAAUAAUCUCCAGCACCAGCAGGGCCAUCCUGGUUAUUCCAGCUCCAACUGUGUAUGCAAACAACCCCUUCCCACCAGAGUCUUCCUCCACUCCUCCCAGAUAUGAUGGCUACCCACCUUAUGCUCCUAGGUAUUAA